UUAUUUAAUGGGCUCACAGAGAGAUUACAUGCCUGCUACGAGGCCAGAGAUAGGAGUGUCGUCGCUGGAAGGUGGACACGACUACUACCAAGCUUGUCUCAGGUUCCAUACCAGCACCAACCUCACACCCCAGGAGGUCCAUAACCUGGGUCUCGCAGAAGUAGACAGGAUAGAAAAACUGGUGCAAAAGACAGCUGCUGAGAUUGGGAUGGAAGGAAAGACAUUUUCUGAGAUCAGUCAAGCCUUGAGGGAAGACCCAGACCAAGGAUUCAGUAACAAGGAGGAUGUGCUCAGUACCUCUAGAAAUGCUGUCUAUAAUGUCAUUAUGCCUCUGAUGCCUCAGCUAUUUACAACUGUGCCACAAGAAAAUGUUACAGUAGAAGGUGAUGACGACCCCAACGCUUCCUAUGCUAUGUACAUAUCACCAUAUAUCGAUGGAUCAAGACUCGGCUCAUUUAUUCUCGGCACUUAUAAUUAUACAAUGCAGUAA